AUGAUGGACGCCAAGAACGGUUCUCCGGCUUCAGGAGAUCUAAGUGGAGGAGAUCAAGACUCUGCCGACAUCACCGAACAUUCGGAGCAUUUAGAUAAUGCCAAGGAUAGGAUCAAUGGCGACGGUGGUAAAGAGAAUGGGCGUAAAGCUUCCAAUGCCAAGGAUCCCUCGCGGCCGCGUCGCAAAAAGGCCCGACGAGCUUGUUUUGCUUGUCAGAGAGCUCAUCUAACUUGCGGGGACGAACGGCCUUGUCAGCGCUGCAUCAAGCGCGGGUUACAGGAUGCAUGCCACGAUGGUGUGCGCAAGAAGGCCAAGUAUCUUCACGAUGCCCCAGAUGGGGCAUUAAUGCCCGGCGUUAGUGGGAAUUUUUACAAUAGUCCUGUACCCAAUAAUAUGCCGGUUCCAAGGAAUGGUACCACGGCCAACACCUCACAACAGCAACAACAACAGCAGCAGUCAAACAGGAAUUUUUACCCCACAUCCCAGACCCAGCCACAAUCGCAAUCACAACCGCAACCACAAGGGCAACCGCAACCGCAACCACAGCCGGGAUCAUAUAACAUGUAUCAAGAACCUACCAUGAGCCAGAGCCCCUUUGCAACGCAGUCUCCUGUUUCGCCUACCUUUAAUUUGAAAACAAACCACAAUGGAAGGACCUCCAGCUUUUCUUCCACAGCAAACCAGCAACAGCCCACUCCCAGCACGGCUCUCUCGGGCGAGACUAGUCAGCCACCCAAUCCCUUUGCGGGGCCAUUUUUCGACCCCAGCGACCCUGCAUUGUUUAACUUUGAUCUUUCAAGCAUGAACUUUGAAAAUCGUUACGGAGCUCUUGAAUUUGGCAUGCUGGGUCACAUGGCUACCGGGGCUGGAGAUUCACCAGACUCGGGAACGCAGCGAGGAUCUAUCGGUCAUAGUGGGCAGACCCACUUCUCCACACCCGCUGCUGGAUUUGGGGAAAGUCCGGGGAAUCAACAGCCGUUCAUGUUUGGCGAUCCAUUGCUCAAUGAGUGGUCUACAGGGCAGGCUCCUGGCCAGCCGCAUGUGAACGUCGGUGGGGUGUAUGCUCAGAAUGGUUUGUUACAUGGACACAUGAAAGCAGAUGGACCACAUGCCUUUGCUAUUGAGAGUAAUCCUGCCAAUUUUAACAGCCCUGGUUCAGCGGCCAGUCCACAUGUGACAACAUCCGGGUUUGAAGACAACUUCAAUGCGGCGGCCAAACCAAAUAGUCUUCCCCCGAAUGGGCAGCGACAUGUAAUUACCACACCAAGUCUCAAACAACAGACGUUACAAGUCGGCCACAAGCGACGACACCGGAAUCCUUCUUCCAUAUAUGAGAACGUCAAGGAGCCAUAUGCCUACACAAGUCGGUUCCACAGCCUUACCGCUUACAUUCAGCGUCGCUUCUCGCCACAGAAGACUGUGCGAAUUGCUAAGGCACUUGCAUCUAUUCGACCGUCAUUCAUUGCGACAACCAAGACUCUGAACAGGGACGAUCUAAUAUUCAUGGAAAAAUGUUUCCAACGGACAUUAUGGGAAUAUGAGGAUUUCAUCAACGCAUGUGGCACUCCAACUAUUGUCUGUCGCCGCACUGGAGAGAUCGCCGCGGUGGGCAAGGAAUUUAGCAUCCUGACCGGGUGGAAGAAGGAUGUGCUCUUAGGUAAGGAGCCGAACCUUAAUGUCAAUACAGGCGGAUCAUCCGCACCAGGAUCUGGUACGACUUCACGCAGCUUUACUCCCCACAUAUCAACAUUGGAAAAUGUAAACAACGGGCGUUUGCAACCAGUGUUCCUCGCUGAGCUCUUCGAUGACGAUAGUGUGGUUGAGUUCUACGAAGACUUUGCGCGAUUGGCGUUUGGAGACUCUCGCGGUAGUGUCAUGACGAGGUGCAAGCUACUCAAGUACAAGACUAAGGAGGAUAUGGAGUCGCAGACCGAUGAAAAAAGCAAGUGGAACAGCAACCUUCGAAAAGGCGGAAUCGCGGGUGAGGCAGGGAUGAAUCAGCUUGGAUUUAAGGACGGUAAAGUUGAAUGCGCGUACUGCUGGACAGUCAAACGAGAUGUGUUCGAUAUCCCAAUGCUUAUCGUGAUGAAUUUCUUACCCUGUAUUUGA